CGGGAUCCGAUUCUUACCUUAAGUUAACCACACAAUAUUCUCUCCUCCUUCUCCUCCUCUUUGCUCUUCUUUAAAAGGUACAGUGAUCGAGCUCAAGGACUCUGACAAUGGCAGAUCUGGAUUCAUAUUGCGAAUUGAGCAACGAUGUUGUUGACAUGGAACAAUCUAGCGAUCCCGUAGCGUUAGGGUUUCGUCUAGCAUCUCCCGAUCUAGUAAGCUGUAGCGCUUCCCCUGAUAUACCUCGAGGAAGCAGGUACGUAGACUCUCCGGAGAUCGCUAAGAAGCUCAGAUUCUCCACCGAGCUUUCUCUGGAGAACGGAAUCGACGGCGGACGUAAAACUCGAUCCGUGAAAUUCUCGGCGAUUAAUCAGACGUUUGAGUUUGAGCUGUCUCCUGAGUCUUCAUUCGAGCUGCCUUCUCCGCCUGGGAACACGACGACGCCUGUGAUGAGUAUCAACUCGGGGUCUACGAGCGAGGACGUGAGUGUGGGGGAUGUGACUUUCUUGAAGGAUGAGUUUUUCAGUGGAGGUGGGACUGUGAUGACUGAUGAUGUUGUUGGCAGCGAGGAGGAGGCUUUGUUGUAUCAGACGGCUAGAGUUGGUGAUUUCGGUUACACGUUUAAGGCGUUGGAUCCUGGGGAUUACUUUAUUGAUCUGCAUUUCUCGGAAAUCGAGUUCACUGAAGGUCCAGCGGGAGUUAGAGUUUUCGAUAUAUUUAUUCAAGGAGCAAAGGUUAUAUCCGGACUUGAUUUGUUUUCGCAAGUGGGAGCAAAUACACCUUUUGUGAUGUCUGAUCUAAGGAUGCUUGUUGGUGUGGAAGGAGAGUUAUCUAUACGGUUAGAAGGAGUGACAGGAGCCGCAAUUCUAUGUGGCAUUUCUGUUAGGAAGGAGGCAACGGCUACUUAUGGUGGAGACACUGGAGUGCUAGCGGUGAAAGGAAAAACUGACACUGUUCUGUCUCUGCCUCCUCAAGAAAAUGUGGACUGCGGUACGGAAGAAGAGACCCAUGAGGUGAGUAGUGACUGUGAGCAGCAGAAGAAAGAGGUGGCGGACAUGAAGAGAAUGGUUGAUGAGCUUAAACAAGAGAAUCAACGAAAGAGUAGAGAAUGUGAAGAAGCAUUGAAUUCUCUCCGUGAGCUUCAAAACGAGCUAAUGCGCAAGUCGAUGCAUGUUGGUUCUCUGGCAUUUGCUGUGGAGGGACAAGUUAAAGAAAAGAGCAGAUGGUUCUCUUCAUUAAGAGAUUUGACAAGAAAAUUGAAGAUUAUGAAAAUGGAGCAAAUUAAGCUGUUGGAGGAGGCAUCUACAUACAAAUCGCUAGUCCAAGAUAUCAACGUGUUCAGUUCUCACAUCCACUCCAGAGUAAAGCAUGACGCAGAAUUGCAUGAAAAUCUCAAAGCUAAAUUUGUAGAGGGAGAAAAAGAGAGGAAAGAACUAUACAACAAGAUACUAGAGCUAAAAGGAAACAUCAGAGUCUUUUGCAGGUGUCGCCCCUUAAACUUUGAAGAAAUUGAAGCAGGAGUGUCAAUGGGAAUCGAUGUUGAGUCAACCAAAAAUGGGGAGGUCAUAGUCAUGUCAAAUGGGUUUCCCAAGAAAAGCUUCAAGUUCGAUUCUGUCUUUGGUCCUAACGCUUCCCAAGCUGAUGUUUUUGAGGAUACUGCUCCUUUUGCUACGUCGGUCAUUGAUGGAUACAACGUUUGUAUCUUUGCCUAUGGCCAGACUGGUACUGGGAAAACCUUUACCAUGGAGGGAACUCCAGAUAACCGUGGUGUAAAUUAUAGAACACUGAAAAAUCUGUUCGAAAUAAUGAAAGAGCGAGAAAACCGCUACAGUUAUGAGAUCUCGGUCAGUGUCUUGGAAGUUUACAACGAACAAAUAAGAGAUUUGUUGGUCCCUGCUUCACAAAAUGCAUCUGCAGCGAAAAGAUUUGAGAUAAGGCAAGUGAGUGAAGGAAAUCACCACGUACCAGGAUUGGUUGAAGCACGCGUGUCAACCAUGGAGGAGGUUUGGGAUGUGCUGAAAACAGGAAGUAAUGCAAGAGCUGUUGGGAAAACGACGGCCAAUGAGCACAGCAGCCGAUCUCACUGCAUUCACUGCGUGAUGGUAAAAGGGGAGAAUCUGUUGAAUGGAGAAUGCACAAAGAGCAAACUGUGGUUAGUUGAUUUAGCAGGAAGCGAACGGGUUGCAAAGACAGAAGUGCAAGGAGAACGGCUCAAGGAGACCCAAAACAUCAACAAAUCUUUAUCUGCUCUUGGUGACGUUAUAUAUGCUCUUGCCAAUAAAAGCUCCCACAUUCCUUUCAGAAAUUCAAAGCUCACCCACUUACUUCAGGAUUCUCUAGGAGGAGAUUCGAAGACCCUCAUGUUUGUACAGAUCAGUCCUAACGAGAAGGACAACAGUGAAACGCUAUGCUCAUUGAAUUUUGCUAGCAGAGUUAGAGGGAUAGAGUUGGGACCUGCAAAGAAACAGCUAGACAAUACUGAACUCCUGAAAUACAAGCAAAUGGUUGAAAAAUGGAAACAAGAUAUGAAAGGAAAAGACGAACAGAUGAGGAAAAUGGAGGAAACAAUGCUCGGUUUAGAAGCAAAAGUCAAGGAGCGAGACACUAAGAACAAAACCCUUCAAGAAAAGGUAAAAGAACUUGAAUCUCAGUUGCUGGUGGAGAGGAAGCUAGCUCGUCAACAUGUAGACACCAAGAUUGCUGAGCAGCAUACAAAACAGCAGAGCGAAGAUGAAAACAACACCUCAAAGAGGCCACCACUUGCAAACAUGCUGUUGGGAAGCAACAAGACCUCAAAUGAAACAGCAUCUUCGAAAGAAACAGAGAGCACCUCCAGCUACGACCUACCUCCUUUACCUAACGGUGGCCUCAAGUGUAAUGACCUCACUGAAAAGGAGAACAAUCCAGACAUGGCUGAGCGGUUGCCGAUACCUAAGAGAACAGGAAGAUUCUCCGUUGUUCCAAAACGUAUUCUACCAGCUCCAGCUCCAAGAAGGAGUACUCUUGCCCCAACGCCAUACCUCCCAGUCACAUCAACUUCGCCAUUAAGGCCAUCACGCCAAGCUAUUAUAACGAACUCGCCUGAUGAAAAAAGCGGCACUAACCAAGUCCCCUGCAUCAGCCCCAAGUUGCAUAAAAGUAACGGGAAGACGCUGAGUAGCAUACUGAGACGAAGCAUGCAGAAGAGAAUGCAAACAAAAUCUACCCUGAGACAACAACAGCAACCGUUGAGAAGAGGUGGCAUUAAUGUCGGAAUGGAGAAAGUUCGACUGUCUAUAGGAAGCAGAGGGAAGUUAGCUCAUAGAGUGCAGCUAACCAAUGCUCGUAAGGCAGGUUUAAAAGAGACACCACUGAAACAGACGCAGAAGGAGAAAGAGAGAUGGAUCUGAAACUAAUUAAACUGUUUUUUUUUUCUAAUGACCUGAUGACGUAAACUUGUUUCAUUAAAUUAGAUGAUUGGAGAAUGAUUGAUUUAUUAUCAUCCUCCUGUGUGGUUUGUGGAUUUUGUUCGAUCCUACUGUAUAGUGAGUUAAGCGUUCUUUGUUUUUCA